AUGCUCAUCCCAGCCUCCAUGAAGGCUGCGGCGUGGCCUACCGACGAUUCCUCGCAGACAAUCCCGGUAAGCAACCUUGCACUCGAAUAUUGCGCCACAUUUGCCAUCGACGAACUCCGUCGUACCGACUACAGGCGUUUAACGGCCUCUGGGGAGACCUAUGUGGACUGGAUGGGUGGCGCGCUUUACCCGGAACGCCUGGUACAUGCACAUGCCGAUUUCCUGUGCAGCCGUGUGCUUGCGAAUACGCACUCGCACAGCAAUCCCUCUGCACUGUCUCACGAAUGUGCAAAUGCAGCCCGCGCAGCCGUCCUACAGUUCUUCGAUGCGUCGCCGGAGGAAUACACCGUCAUAUUUACGCCCAAUGCGUCCGGCGCUCUCAAGCUCGUUGGAGAGGCGUACCCUUUCACGGAUGACAGCGCUUUUGUUCUCGGCGCAGACUCGCACAACAGCGUCAACGGUAUACGGUGCUUUGCAGCAGCCAAAGGUGCAUCCGUGGGAUACAUACCUACAACGCCUCAAGGAGGUUUCGAACCGCAACAGGCUGAGGCCGUCCUCAACAAGUACAGACCAUCGCCAGGUCGCUCCGCGCUUUUUGCGCUCACGGCGCAAUCGAACAUCUCAAACAGCAAGGCACCACUCGCGCUCGUCGAUGCCGCCUAUACCCUCGGUUACGAUGUCCUCCUCGACGCCGCAGCACUCGCGCCGACGUCACCCCUCUCACUAACCGCACAACCUGCAAUAGGCGCCCUCGCGAUCUCAUUCUACAAGAUGUUCGGUUACCCAACUGGCGUUGGCGCGCUCGUGAUACGACGUGAUCUGCUCCAACGACUUCAGCGACCUUGGUUUGCGGGAGGCACAGUGGAUCUGGUCCAGGUACCUGGCAAUAAUGUGACGCCCGCGUGCGAGUUAUACGAACAAUUCGAGGAUGGUACCAUCAACUAUACGUCUUUAGCCGCGGUCCCAGCCGGUCUGCGAUUACUAGCGGCCUAUCAGCCUCUGCUUCCGCUACGGCUAACUUGUCUGCUUCGCUAUAUGAUCAGCGAACUUCAGCAACUUCGUUACAAGGAUACAGACUCCGCAUUUGUUCGUAUCUUGUCGCGCAUACCGAUGGCAGCGGGCGAGGCAGGAGCGACGGCCUCGAUUGAGUUCCUUGGGGAGAACGGGAUACCGAUUUCACCUUUGCUCGUCGAACAGUCCGCCGCGCGUGCAGGCAUCGCACUUCGUACCGGGUGCGCUUGCAAUCCGGGCGGAGCGGCCGCCCUCCUCGGCAUCACAGCCGACAUGGCAGCCCUCCCGCCGGGUGCGACACACGCAACUUUCGAGGACGCGGUCGGUCGCGCGCUCGGCGUCGUCCGCAUAAGCCUCGGAUUGGUGAGCAACUUCGAGGACGUGUGGCGCGUAGUGCAGUGGGCGUCGAAUGUGGCGCAGAAUGGGAUUGACCGAUGA